AUGGCCGCCCUUCUCCGACGGCCAGGCAACAUUGCUCGAAUCUCGAGGAGAGCCACAGAUUGCCUCAUCCGCGCAGGCCCAGCCUCUUUGCGAGUGCCCCCGGCUCGACUUCCGUCUCUCGCUCCCCCCUUCCGUGUCCGAACCUAUGCCACCGACGGCCCCGGUGGCCCGACGCCUCCGGACAAUAAGCCGAGCGGUAAUGGACCGGAGAACAAUGGUCGCAAAGAUGAGGACCCGAAAAACUCGGAGAAGCCUGAGACGGUCUUAAGCGAAGAAGAGCAGAAGCAACUGGAUGCGUUCAUCAAACAUAUCGAAGGCCGUCUGCCUCCGUCACAGCAUGAGUCGCUUCAUGAGAUGCGGCGCCAGUUCAUGAAGGACGGAAUCCCAUCGGACGUGAAGUCAUUUAUCGACAACCACGGCAAUGCGUCUUUGAUGGACUAUCUGCGGAUGACGCGAUUCCUCUUGAAAUAUACCAGCCAGCAAGCCGACCAGCAAGCAAAGAAGGAUGUUGCUCGUAUGAUGAACAAGUCGGUGGAGGAGAUGGAGAAAGAAGCCGAAGAGGCCAAGAAGAAGUCACAGAAGAGCCAGGAAGAGCCUGGCCAGAAAAAUAAAAAAGACCAGAAGGACAAGCAACAGGGUCCGGUCCCCGGCGGCAGAGUCUUUGAAUUCCGUUUCGAUCCCGCCUCCUUCCUUGUUACCGCCCUCGUCACAUACUACGUCUACCGAUCCUUCUUCCCCGGCGAGAGUAGUGCCCGCGAAAUCACCUGGCAGGAGUUCCGCGCCAACUACCUUGAUAAGGGUCUUGUGGAGAAGUUGACAGUUUCCAACGGUAGCCGGGUCCGGGUUGACCUCAACCGCGAGGUUGUGGCUCAGGCUCACCCCGAUUCCGGUGGCCAGCCUGUGAGCCACGUAUACUUCAGCAUUGGCUCGGUCGACAGUUUCGAGAUGAAGCUUGAGAAUGCUCAGAAUGAGUUGGGCAUCCCACCCCACGAACGGAUUCCGGUUUCUUAUGUCGACGAGGUCCCAUGGGGCAGUGCUUUGCUGUCCUUCGCUCCUACGUUGAUCUUGAUCGGUGGUAUCUACUGGGCCUCGCGUCGCGCUGGUGGUGGUGCCGGUGGUCAGGGUGGAAUUUUUGGCAUCGGCAAGAGCCGCGCCAAGCGUUUCAACCACGAGUCCGACAUCAAGAUCAAGUUCUCCGACGUCGCCGGUAUGGACGAGGCUAAGGUUGAGAUCAUGGAAUUCGUGAGCUUCCUCCAGCAGCCCGAGCGCUUCGAAAAGCUUGGUGCAAAGAUUCCCCGAGGUGCUAUUCUCUCUGGCCCCCCUGGUACUGGUAAGACACUGCUUGCUAAGGCAACCGCUGGUGAAUCUGGCGUGCCAUUCUUUAGUGUCAGUGGCUCCGAGUUCGUGGAGAUGUUCGUCGGUGUUGGUCCCUCGCGUGUCCGUGAUCUGUUCGCAAACGCCCGCAAGAACACCCCCUGCAUUAUCUUCAUUGAUGAAAUCGAUGCUAUCGGUAAAUCCCGUUCUAAGUCGAACUUCGGUGGUGGAAACGAUGAGCGUGAGAGUACCCUCAACCAGAUCCUCACCGAGAUGGACGGCUUCAACACUUCCGAGCAGGUCGUCGUUCUGGCUGGUACCAACCGACCUGAUGUUCUAGACAAGGCCCUUAUGCGACCUGGACGUUUCGACCGACACAUUACCAUUGAUCGCCCUACCAUGGAUGGCCGCAAGCAGAUCUUCAAUGUCUACCUGAAGAAGAUUGUUACCGAUGAGAACCUGGAGUAUCUCAAGGGCCGACUUGCUGCUCUGACCCCCGGUUUCGCUGGUGCCGAUAUUGCCAACUGUGUGAACGAAGCCGCUCUUGUUGCCGCCCGUGAGAAUGCCGACAAGGUUGUUAUGAAGCACUUCGAGCAAGCCAUCGAGCGAGUGGUCGGUGGUCUUGAGAAGAAGUCCCUUGUGCUGUCUCCCGAGGAAAAGCGCACUGUUGCUUACCACGAGGCUGGCCACGCCAUCUGUGGUUGGUACUUCCAGUGGGCCGAUCCGCUGCUCAAGGUCUCGAUUAUCCCGCGUGGACAGGGUGCUCUGGGUUACGCUCAGUACCUCCCUGCUGGCGGUGACACCUACCUGAUGAACGUCAACCAGAUGAUGGACCGCAUGGCCAUGACUCUGGGCGGCCGAGUCAGUGAGGAGCUCCACUUCGACACUGUGACAAGCGGUGCCAGCGACGACUUUAACAAAGUUACCCGCAUGGCCACCGCCAUGGUAACCAAGUUCGGUAUGUCGAAGAAGCUCGGCUACAUCUACUACGAGGAGGAUGGCCAGCAGCAGCUCCAGAAGCCUUAUUCCGAGGACACUGCCCAGAGCAUCGACUCGGAGGUGCGCCGCAUCAUCAACGAGGCCUACAAGAAGUGCCACGACCUUCUCACUGAGAAGAAGAGCGAGGUCGGCAAGGUCGCUGAAGAGCUCCUCUCCAAGGAGGUUCUCAGCCGUGACGACAUGAUCCGUCUGUUGGGCCCGCGUCCCUUCCCCGAGUCCGGCGAGUUCGCCAAGUACUUCGAUGGCAGGAACGGCGAGACCAUCGCCCCACCUGAGCCUCCCCAGAAUCCCGAGGAGACAUCCGGCAAGGAUGGACGGGAUGAGACCCCGAUCCCAUAA